AUGGUUCCUUUCACUGAUUUAAUUUCUCAAGUACCUGUGUAUGCCAAGUUUCUGAAAGAUAUGAUCACUAAAAAGAAAGAUUUUGGUGGGAUAGAUCGAGUUGCUUUAACUGAAGAAUGCAGUGUUGUUCUGCGAAAUAAAAUUCCACCAAAACUAAAAGAUCCUGGUAUUUUUUCAAUCCCUUGUCAUGUGGGUGCUUUGUUUAUAGAUAAGGCUUUGUGUGAUCUAGGUGCUAGUGUAUAUGUUAUGCUUUUAUCUAUCUGUAAUAAACUGAACUUGGGUACUUUAAAGUGCACACAGAUUACUCUGCAGAUGACAGAUCGAUCUGUGAAAUAUCCUUUAGGUAUUCUAGAGGAUGUACCUGUUAGAGUUGGAAAAUUCUAUAUUCCUGUGGAUUUUGCAGUACUUCAUAUGGAAGAAGAUAGUCAAAUUCCCAUUAUUUUGGGUAGACCUUUUCUAUGUACUGGUGGUGCUGUUAUUGAUGUAAAAUUUGGCUCUCUGACUUUGAGUGCUGGUGAUGAUACUGUUACUUUUAAGUUAACCAAUGCCAUUAAGUCUUCUAUGCUUGAGCACACAUGUUGCAGGAUUGACAUACUCGAUGAGAUCUCUUGA